AUGGAUAAACUUGUUGAAGGAUCACAAUCGAUAGAGACAGGCACAGUGUUACCACAGAAUUUAGUUGAAGCUAUAAAAAAGGCAGAUCCCAGUGAAAUACGACAGAUUCUGAACAACUCUAGAAGGAUAAUAACUGGCACAGAGGCUACACAUAAUCGUCCUUAUAUGGUAUAUCUAAAACUACCCUCGAACAGCGCUAAGUUCCAAGACUACCGGCGUUGGUUGUGUGGUGGAGUCAUUGUACAUGAGGAGUAUAUCCUCACUUCAGCCGCCUGCAUCGAAGAUGUCAGGCAUUUCUACGUCGUCUCGGGGACUUACAAAUUCUCAUUCGAGUUUGAUCGCUAUAACAAUCCUUGUAUCAAAAACGGUGCCAAAAAAGCUGUGUGGAAAUGUAUUCCAAGAAACUACGUGUUCGACGGUCAUGAGAAUGACAACAUUCGAUGGAUGAACAACGAUAUCGCUGUGGUGAAACUGGAAGACGAGUUCGACUUCACAAGGCGUGUCAGGGGAUGUGACUACGCUCCGAGACCCAUCUGUUACAAUAAUCAAAGUGCCAAGUUUGAAGAAGCUAAUGCUCUUGCGUCUAUUGCCGGUUGGGGCAGCACUGAUAAAUAUAAUGACUGGGUAAAUUCACGCAAGAACCUGGAUCUAACUAACCUACUCGAGGCCCCAGUGACAAUAAUGGGAAAAAUUCCUUGCAAGAAGCGUUGGGGACAAAGGUAUCACAACAUCAUCGACAAUUACAUGGUCUGUACCAACGACAUGGCUUCAGAACUGAGUGAGAUUUGUCAGGAGAAAUACGUAGACUGUUCUGACAUUUUAGAAGACUCUGAUGAAGCUGGUAGAAGAUCAUGGAGUGUUGACAUACCUGAUAACGCGCGCGUGCACUCUGCAAACCACAACAACUCAUUCUUCAGAAGACAGGGCGACAAGAUAAAGAAUGGUGGAUUCUGUGAGAACGACCACGGCGGCCCUCUUGUGCACGGACAAGGCACCAGUUCUAUGGUCAUUGGCAUCAUUUCCGCGUGUUUAGUCAAGGAGAAAACCAACAAAUGCUACGGACCCUUCCUCUACACCAGCGUUUACAAGAAUCGUAUGCUUAUCAACUGUGCAAUUUACAAAAACGUCGCUACUGACUGCAAUAAACUAUUCAGAUCUAGCGACACUUACACUGAAGUGGAGAUGAAUUGGUCUGAUCACCCUGACGGUCCCGCUAAAAGCGAAAUAUCAGCCAUGCGAAGGAAACAAGAGGAAGAAAAGCGCUUACUUGCGUCUGGAGGUGAAAUACACAAUGCUACAAAAACCAAUGCCACUGAACUCACUUCUACAACAGACAGAGAUAGCAAAACCGCUACUGUAAAGGUAGAUUCCAAAGAAGAUCAUCCUAUGCAACGAGUUGGUCUUAUUCUACGAUCUCGUGAUGACGAUGAAGAUAUUAAAGUACCAGUGAAACCGAAAGUCUCUAAAUCUACAGUCAAAAUUUCAGACUCGAAUAUUACAGCUGAAGAUCUUCCUAUGCAAAGAGUUGGUCUCAUUCUUAGAUCUCGCAAUGAUGAUGAAGACAUUGAAAAACCGAUCAAGUCCACACUUUCUAAAUCUAUUACGCCCAAUAUUUCAGAUUCGAACACUUCAGGUAAAGAUUUUCCUAUGCAAAAAGUAGGUCUUUUUGUUAGAUCUCGCAAUGCUGAAGACAUUGAAUUAAUACCAACAAAGCCAAUAAUCAACAACGUCCAAAAUUAUACUAGAGAAAUCAACAAUAAUAAAUCAACCCAUGCAAGGAAGUAG